AUGUCUCGCCAACCUUCACAGGCCCAGCGGCCAUUGUCCCUCACCGAGGAGCUUGAGAAAUUGGAACAGUCCAUCACGCUUACACUCCAAGACUGCUCAUCGUCAUAUGUCCUCACAGAGAUCGAUCACAACUUCAGUCAAGCUCAUCGAAUAGUCACUACGAGUAUAUUACCUCUAGUGGAGCAAUAUACGGAGCACUCUCGAGAUGUCUGGGAAGGUUCCAAGUUCUGGAAGCAAUUCUUCGAAGCGAGUGCCAACGUGUCUCUAUCCGGCUAUGAAGAAAGAAAUACCGAUGAAGAAACGAUGCAGGACCCCACCGCUACGGAGGAAGAGUUGUCCACCGACAUAACCCAAAGCACGAGCCUCGACGAGACCAUGUCCCACGAAACACCCUCUUAUCAGCGCCAUGAAACACCUCGCCGCGACCAGGCAGACGACCUUGACCUGACAGAUCUUGCCAUCUCUUCUCACAGCACUCCACGUGCUCCCGGCCACCAGCAGCAGCAGGCCGACGACGACAUGACAACCUCCUCGAUGGAGUACUCGUCGUCUUACGAAAACCUAAGGAGACAAGUCAACGAAUCCGAACCCCCAUUCGACCUCCCAGACUCCUCGAACCUCCCAUCCACUCCAGGCCGCCAACCGUUCUUCCCACGGGGCGUUUCCGCCACAACCCCGAUGUCAUCACCAUUCCUCCCGCCCGCGUCGCAGUCACAGACUCAAGACCGUCGAUACCAAAAGACCUCGGACCCAGUACUACACCAAAUGCUAGAUAAAACGUACCGGGUGCAAGCCACGCCGCUCGGAAAGGGAUUCCGCAAUGUGGGCGGCGGCACGAACACUCGAUCCAAAUUUAACAUCACCACCCCAAACCCGACCGAGACUACAUCCAAAUAUGCAUAUGAUGACUCGCCUAUCUCUAGUCCGGAGCCAGAGGUACCACAACUCCAUUCGGAGGUUUUCUCUUCGCCCAUCAAAGGCAUCAACGAUACUCCAGGCACGAACCGCAAGCGACGGACUAGCAGCAAUCGUAUGCGCGAUAUUCCCAAGCCUGGCAUGAGCGUUUUGACACCUGCAAAGAAGUCUGCGGGUAAGUCGGCUAUGUGGGACAGCGACGAUGAUUUCGAUUACGACGAUGAUGAGGACCUUGGGCCGAGCCCUCCUAAGACAAUGCAGUUCCACAUCCCGCAGAGCCGGCUAAUGAGGACGCCUGCAAGAGAAGCUUCUAAACGAAUUGUGACCGAUUUACUAGCUACAGCUGGAGCUGGGGAUAUUACAGAUGACUUUGGCGACGAUCAAAGUCCAAGUGUGAUCCGCCGCAUGGAGCGCCUGGAAGAUGAAACAUUUUGA